CAAAUUCAUUCAUUCAUGAUAAGGUUCCCUGUUUUGUGGGAGAAAAUCAUCUUCAAUUCUUCAUACACUUUGCCUUUGCUAACUGUUAUUCACUUUCUCAAUUCCAUCAGCAGAUCGAUGAUGGGUUGCCAAAUACACACGAUAUGCAGAAUUCCCUUAACUAAUAGUAGUAGUAGUAGUAAUAAUAGUAGUUGGCGCCCUUCAUUUUGUUCCCUUCAUCAUGUCAGAAAGAUCAAACAAUUCUCAGCAUCGAUCUCAUCUUCAACAAUCGAGAAUCCAACAAUAACCACCGACAUAAAAUUCCAGACAUUAGGAGCAUGCAAACUCGGCAUCUCCCGAUACCCCGAUUUCGAAUACAAUGCCCAAGGUGGGAAAGGUAUUGGGUCAGGUUCGAACAUCAUCGGAGGAAAGAUUUAUGUCAAGUUUGAUGAGAAAUCACUCUACAUUCCCCCAUUAACAAGUGCAACUACAAACUUCUUGGGUCUUCCAUUACCACCUUUUUUAAGAAUUGAUAUAGUUCCUCAACUCUUUCAAGGAAUAAUUGACCAAGAAUCAGGCAAGGUUGAGCUUGAAUUCAAGGCCAAGUUCUUGUUUUCGAUUGGAAGUAUUUAUAGGGCUAGACCAUUAAUAGUGGAGACUGUGUUAACAUCAGAGAAAUCUGAGGGGAAAAUGAGAAGUGGGGAAGGAGAGAAGCUUAAUGAAGAAGGGAAUUGCAGAUUGGUUGGAGUGGCUACUGUUAAACCAAUUGAUGAUGUUUUGCUUGACAACUUUCUUAGUCUUCCUACUGAAUGUUUAGCUGACCUCAAAGCAAACAUCAUUUUCUUAUCCUCCUCUUUGUGAUUUCACAUUUGUCUAUACAAUUUUUAAAGGAAGUGUAAUAAAUAUUUGGUUGAUAUUUA